AUGGCGGCAGGCUACACCACCGAUCAGGUGAAGCUGAUGCGCGAGCGCACCUCGGCGCCCAUGAAGGAGUGCGUCAAGGCGCUCAAGGCGACGAGCGGCGACCUCGACGAGGCCAUCGCGUGGCUGCGCAAGGCUGGUGUGGCGAGCGCGCACAAGAAGGCGGACCGGCAGGCCAGCGACGGCGCUGUAGUGCUUGCCGCCGACGCGGCUGGCGUCGCCUGCGUGGAGGUCAACACAGAGACGGACUUUGUUGCUCGCAACACUGAUCUCGCGGCGGCGGUCGCUCGCUCCUGCCUCGCCAUGCCCGCCUCCUCGGCUGGCGCCGGCGCCGGUGCGUGCGAUGUGGACGUCGCACAGCUCGGCGCGGCGCCUCUGGCCUCGGGGGAGGAGAACGCGCCCGCCGUCGCCGACGCGCUCGCCCUCGCGAUGACCCAACUUGGCGAAAAUAUCGUCGUGCGCAGAGCUUGCGUACUGCCCGCCCCGGAGGAGGGCGUGGUCGCAUCGUAUGUGCACAACGCGUACAGCGCGGGUGUCGGCCGGACGGCGGCGGCGGUGAGCCUGGUGUCGGCCGCGGCGGACCGCGACGCGCUGCGUUCGCUGGGAGAGCAGCUGGCGAUGCACAUCGUCGCCAGCCCGCCGCUCGCCGUCUCUCGCGACGAAGUGCCUGCGGAGCGGAUAGCCCGCGAGCGCGAGAUCCUGCUCGCGCAGGCGGAGGAGAGCGGCAAGCCGGCCGACGUCGUCGAAAAGAUGGUCGAGGGGCGGCUCAACAAGUACUUCAAGGAGGUGGCGCUCCUGGAGCAGGCCUUCGUCGUAGACGAGAAGGGCGCGCCGGUCAAGAAGGCGCUCGAGGCAGCUGGCAAGCGGCUCGGUGCGCCUGUCGAGUGCACCGGGUUCGUGCGCUUCGCGGUGGGGGAGGGCGCGUGA